AUGACACGGAUAACUUUCGCUCCCUCACGGAGGGAACGAACGUGGCAAUGUGCCCAGUGCUGUGGCUCAGGUGCACUGCUAAAGUUAGGUGUGCAGUACUGGAUGCUCAAAAAUCGCUCUGUCCUGCUUUCUCGACAGCCAGAGCUGAGAGGAAAGAUGCGUGGAAAUGAGGGUGUGUGGAUUACUGGAUUACAGUAUUAUGUAUAUUUUGAAAAUUCUUCCAGCAAUCCGUAUCUCAUUAGGAGAAUUGAAGAACUUAACAAGACUGCCAAUGGGAACGUGGAAGCAAAAGUGGUUUGUUUUUACAGGCGAAGAGAUAUUUCUAACAGCCUUAUAAUGCUUGCAGAUAAGCAUGCUAAAGAAGUUGAAGAAGAGUCUGAAACUACAAUUGAGGUUGAUUUGACUGAUAAACAGAAACAUCAAUUGAAGCACAGAGAGCUUUUCCUUUCUCGCCAGUAUGAGUCCCUACCAGCAACGCACAUCAGGGGAAAAUGCAGUGUUGCACUUCUGAAUGAAACAGAAUCUGUGCUGUCAUACCUGGAGAAAGAGGAUACUUUUUUUUAUUCAUUGGUGUAUGAUCCAUCAUUGAAAACGCUUUUAGCAGACAAGGGAGAAAUCAGAGUGGGGCCUAGAUAUCAAGCAGAUGUGCCAGAUAUGCUUGUGGAAGGAGAAUUAGAUGACAGAGAACAGGCAAAGCUGGAAGUAAAAGUAUGGGAUCCAGAUAGCCCCCUUACUGACCGUCAGAUUGACCAGUUUUUAGUUGUAGCACGUGCGGUUGGCACGUUUGCUCGAGCCUUGGACUGCAGUAGUUCUGUCAGGCAACCCAGUUUACAUAUGAGUGCUGCUGCUGCUUCCCGAGACAUCACACUGUUUCAUGCAAUGGACACACUGCAUAAACACAACUAUGAUCUGAGCAGUGCCAUCAGUGUUCUAGUGCCACUGGGAGGGCCUGUCUUGUGUAGAGAUGAAAUGGAAGAGUGGUCAGCAUCAGAAGCUAGUUUAUUUGAAGAGGCUUUGGAAAAGUAUGGCAAGGACUUCAAUGACAUUCGACAAGACUUUCUCCCUUGGAAGUCUCUGACUAGCAUCAUUGAGUAUUACUACAUGUGGAAAACCACUGACAGAUAUGUGCAGCAGAAACGUCUGAAAGCAGCUGAAGCAGAAAGUAAAUUGAAACAAGUAUACAUCCCCACCUACAAUAAACCAAAUCCCAAUCAAAUAUCCAGCAACAAUGGGAAACCUGCUGCAGUCAAUGGAGCAAUGGGAGCUUCUUACCAGGCACAAGCCACAGUAAUAGGUCGGGCUUGUGAAAGCUGCUAUACUCCGCAGUCUCACCAAUGGUAUUCUUGGGGCCCUCCCAAUAUGCAAUGUAGGUUGUGUGCAUCUUGCUGGAUUUAUUGGAAGAAAUACGGUGGCCUGAAAAUGCCCACACAGACAGAUGACGAUAAACUGUCUUCCAGCCAACCUACAGAGGAAUCGCAUGUCAGAACUCACCUGUCCCGGCAGGCCACGCAGGGCACUCCGGUCCGUAACACGGGCAGUCCAAAGUCGGCGGUGAAAACACGGCAGGCUUUCUUUCUCCACACCACCUGUUGGACAAAACUGGCCCGCCAGGUCUGCAAAAAUACCCUCCGGCUGCGGCAGGCAGCACGACGUCCCUUUGUCCCUAUUAACUGUGCUGCCAUUAAGGCAGAAUAUGCAGAUCGACAUUGUGAACUUGCUGGGAAUCCUCUGAAGAUAAAAAGCACCAGAAAACCACUGUCAUGUAUCAUUGGGUAUUUAGAGAUACAUCCUGCUGUGAAACCCAAUGUAAUCAGGUCAACACCAAGCCUUCAAAGUCCAAGUGCAAAGCGACUGCUUGCACCCUCCAAUCACUCUUCAUUAAGUAUUUUGGGGAAAAGAAACUACAGCCAUCAUAAUGGGCUUGAUGGUAUGUGAAGGAAUAUAAAAGAAACAUUCUUUAACUUUCUGAAUUGCAAAACUUUCUGUGAGUACCUGAGGUAACAUUAAAUGAGAGUGUACAGACUUAGGAAAAUGUAAGAUAAUGGAUGGUAUGUUUAUAGCAGCAGUGCAAUGAAUGGAGGUG